CCUUUUCCCUUUUUUUUUAAGCAACACACGCAAACACAAACAACAACAAGAACGGCUGGAGUUUUGCUUUGCUUUCCGAUAGCGUCGGUUAGACUCGCGGUGCGCCUCUGUGAGUGUGAACGUGGAUCAUCUGGAAGGGGGGGAGAGAGAGAAGAGAAAAAGAAGCGAAGCAACACUGCGCCCCCCCCUUUCUCGCGCAUUUCCCCGCCAGCCAGCCUGGGCUGUCGGAUCUCCGCCAAGGAGGACGGGAAAUUUUUAUUUUCAGCUCUCCGCCUGUGGCGAAUGGUGGGAGUCUCCGGUCCUUUUCAGUAUCGCAUUGAGAAGCAUUCCACAAUGCCAGACUCACCUGUGGAUGUGAAGACGCAAUCCAGGCUGACGCCCCCAACAAUGCCACCUCCUCCCACUACCCAAGGAGCCCCAAGAACCAGUUCUUUCACACCCACGACGUUAACCAAUGGCACAAGCCAUUCACCAACAGCACUGAAUGGGGCUCCUUCUCCACCGAAUGGCUUUAGUAAUGGCCCCUCAUCUUCCUCCUCAUCGUCUUUGGCUAAUCAGCAGUUACCACCAGCUUGUGGAGCUAGGCAGCUUAGCAAACUGAAGAGAUUUCUUACAACCUUACAGCAGUUUGGCAAUGACAUUUCACCAGAGAUUGGAGAAAGAGUGCGUACCCUUGUGCUAGGACUUGUGAAUUCUACUUUGACAAUUGAAGAAUUCCAUUCCAAACUGCAAGAAGCUACUAACUUCCCACUGCGACCUUUUGUCAUCCCAUUUUUGAAGGCCAAUCUGCCCCUGCUACAGCGGGAGCUCCUGCACUGUGCAAGGUUGGCCAAGCAGAAUCCUGCCCAGUACCUCGCUCAGCAUGAGCAGCUGCUUCUGGAUGCUAGCACCACCUCACCUGUUGACUCCUCAGAGCUGCUUCUCGAUGUGAACGAAAACGGGAAGAGGCGAACUCCAGACAGAACCAAAGAAAAUGGCUUUGACAGAGAGCCUUUGCACUCAGAGCAUCCAAGCAAGCGGCCCUGCACUAUUAGCCCAGGCCAGCGGUACAGUCCAAAUAAUGGUUUGUCUUACCAGCCCAAUGGUCUGCCUCACCCCACUCCGCCUCCACCUCAGCAUUACCGUUUGGAUGAUAUGGCCAUUGCCCACCACUACAGGGACUCAUACAGACACCCCAACCACAGGGACCUCAGGGACAGAAACAGACCUAUGGGGUUGCAUGGCACACGUCAAGAAGAAAUGAUUGAUCAUAGGCUAACAGACAGAGAAUGGGCAGAAGAAUGGAAACACCUCGACCACCUCUUAAACUGCAUCAUGGACAUGGUGGAAAAAACAAGGCGAUCUCUCACUGUGCUACGGCGAUGUCAGGAAGCUGACCGGGAGGAACUGAAUUACUGGAUACGGCGGUACAGUGAUGCGGAGGAUUUAAAAAAAGGCAGUGGUAGCAAUCAUUCCAGGCAGCAGAGUCCAGUGAAUCCAGAUCCCGUCCCUUUAGACUCACAUCGGGAAUUCCUUCACAGGCCUGCUUCUGGAUAUGUGCCAGAGGAGAUCUGGAAGAAAGCUGAGGAAGCAGUCAAUGAAGUAAAACGUCAAGCAAUGACCGAGUUGCAGAAGGCAGUGUCGGAGGCAGAACGGAAAGCCCAUGAUAUGAUUACUACAGAGAGAGCUAAAAUGGAGCGUACAGUGGCAGAGGCCAAGCGACAGGCGGCAGAGGAUGCACUGGCUGUGAUCAAUCAGCAAGAGGAUUCUAGUGAGAGUUGCUGGAACUGUGGCCGUAAAGCUAGUGAAACCUGCAGCGGUUGCAACACGGCGCGAUACUGUGGUUCAUUUUGCCAACAUAAGGACUGGGAGAAACAUCACCACAUCUGUGGACAGACACUUCAAGCCCAGCAGCAGGGAGAGACACCAGCAGUCAGCUCCUCCGCAACACCUAACAGUGGAGCUGGGAGCCCCAUUGACACACCACCAGCAGCCACUCCUCGGUCAAACACCCCUGGAACUCCGUCCACCAUAGAAACAACUCCUCGCUAAGACUGAACUCAGAACUACUUAAAACAAAAACAAACAAAAUAAGAUUCCUCAUCCUCAGAUGCUCAAAAGUUUUUACUGAACUGUCAUAUUUCAAUACUGCAAAAGAACUUAUACUGUAUCUUGAGGUAGAAGUAAAAUACAGAAGGCCAGUAACGGGUCAUAAUGACUUCUUCUGGAAAGCAAAGAUACCUUUUCUUUAGGAAACUGAGAAGAGCAGAUAAUUUUAACACAUACAAAAUGAUAGAUUUGACCUCCUCCCUGUUAUUUUCCAGUAGCUGGGAUUUUAAACUAGAUGACCUCAUUAACAGAUGCUUUACCAAACAGCAAACCAAGAGAUUGCUAAUUGCUGUUGAAAGCAAAAAUGCUAAUAAUAUAAAGUCACAAUGUUCUUUAUAACAAUAAUGAGAUUUUUUUUAAUGUGAGAGAGAUAGAGAUAGAGAGAGAAAUAAAGGGAAAAAACCCUCACGGG